GACCUGCUCCGGCACGAGUGGGCGAGGGCGAGCUUCCGGGCCCGGCUGGAGGAGGCCAAGCAGCACGCCCAGGAGAGCUCCUCGUCAAGCUGCCGCCCGCGCCUCGUGGUCGGCGGCGGCGACGGCACUGCGUCUCUGGGGCUCAUGCUGGUUUUCCGGGCGCUGGCGGCGGAGUCGCGCGAGCAGGGCCCGGCCCACGCCGGCGGCUUCAUGCCCCAGGGCUUCCGC